AGUGGAAGUCACAAGGCGGGUGUUUUCAAUAAAUUGUCCAGUGUGUGGAAGUACAAGGUGGGUGUUUCUAAUAAAGUGGCCAGUUAGUGGAAGUACAAGAUGGGUGUUAAUAAUAAAGUGACCAUUGCAUGGACAUACAAUAAAUAUAUACAUGUGAACCAAGUUUCUGUUUGGAAACAUUUCUGCAGGAAACGAAGGUGAAUUCAACCUGUACUACGUUGGAAUGGAUGCGGAUUCUGAUGGAGGAGAACAAGAAAUGGAGAGAGAGAAGAAAAAGAGGAGAGAGAGAAAGGCUGAGAAAGGAGGAGCCAAACGGAACAGAAGAAGGUCAGAGGAGAGAAACGGCACUGCAGACAAUGAGAGAAGAGGAAGGCUAAAGGAUGGACGAAGGAGAAAGAGAGAAGGAGAGACAGAGGAGGUCACGAAAGAGAGAAAGAACAGUAAGAAUGAGAGAGCAAAGAAAGCGCAUCAAGAAGAAGAGGAGGAGAGGAACGGAAAGAAAUUAAAGAGAGAAGAGGACAAAAAAGCAAAAGAGAGAAAGAAAAAGAAAGAGAAGACAACAGAAAAGGAGGAGGAGGAGAAGGAGGAGGGUGAGGAGGAGCAGGGUGGUGAUGAAGAGUUUGUGGUGGGCUCUCUGAGUCCGGAGGAGCUGGAGAAGCUGAAGGAGGCGGUGGACGAGAGAAAAAAACUCAUCACCACACUGAGAGGAAAACCCUGGCCCAUGCGCAAGAAACUGCCCACUCUCAGGGAGUCGCAGUUGUUCGUAGAGAAGUAUGAGGGGGCUUUGGGGAAAGGCCGAGGGAGGAAGCUCUACGCCUACAAGGUCAUGAUGAGGAAGAAAUGGAUGAAGUUUCAGAGAGACUUUGAGAACUUCAAGACGGCCUGCAUCCCAUGGGAGAUGAAGAUUAAGGAGAUUGAAAGUCAUUUUGGAUCGUCAGUCGCCUCCUACUUCCUAUUUCUCAGAUGGAUGUACGGCAUCAACAUGAUUCUCUUCGGCCUGACGUUCGGGCUCGUCAUGGUUCCUGAGGCACUAAUGGGGCGGCCAUAUGGGAGCAUUCCCAGGAAGACUGUCCCAAGACUAGAACAGGCCAGUGCCAUGGAUUUUGCUGUUUUAUGGGACUUUGGGGGUUAUGCUAAGUAUUCAGUCCUCUUCUAUGGCUACUACAACAACCAGCGAGCUAUCGGCUGGCUCAAGUUCCGCAUGCCCUUGUCCUACUUCUUGGUCGGGGUGGGCACGGUGGCUUACAGUUACAUGGUGGUCAUCAGAACCAUGGCACGCAAUGCCAAAGAGGAUGGUGGAGGAGAUGACACCAGCUUCAAUUUCAGCUGGAAAAUAUUCACCAGUUGGGAUUACCUGAUUGGUAAUGCAGAGACAGCUGACAACAAGUUUGCCUCCAUCACCACCAGCUUCAAAGAGGCCAUCGUUGAGGAGCAGGAAAGCAGAAAAGAUGACAACAUCCACCUGACGCGAUUCCUCCGGGUUUUGGCCAACUUCUUGGUUCUGUGCUGCCUGGCAGGGAGUGGGUACCUGAUCUAUUUCGUGGUGCGCCGCUCUCAGAAGUUUGCCCUGGAGGGGCUGGACAACUAUGGCUGGUGGGAGAGAAAUGAAGUGAACAUGGUCAUGUCUUUGUUGGGGAUGUUUUGUCCAAUGCUAUUUGACGUCAUCAGUACUCUGGAGAAUUAUCACCCCCGAAUUGCCCUGCAGUGGCAGCUGGGCCGCAUCUUCGCCCUCUUCCUGGGCAACCUUUACACCUUCAUCAUAGCCCUCAUGGACCAGAUCAACCUAAAGAGGGCAGAAGAGGAGAAAGUGAAGUUUAACAUGACCAUAUGGCAGGCCAACCUGUAUAACGGAACCCUACCAGAAAACUCCACCGCACUUCCAAUCACGGUGGACCCUGCAGACGUGCCUAGAGGACCUUGCUGGGAGACGAUGGUGGGACAGGAGUUUGUCCGCCUGAUAAUAUCAGACACCAUGACCACCUACAUCACCCUGCUGAUUGGUGACUUCCUCAGAGCCGUCCUGGUGCGUUUCCUCAACCACUGCUGGUGCUGGGAUCUUGAGUAUGGCUUUCCUUCCUAUUCGGAGUUUGAUGUGAGUGGGAAUGUACUUGGCCUCAUAUUCAACCAGGGCAUGAUCUGGAUGGGAGCGUUCUAUGCCCCCUGUCUGCCCGCUCUGAACCUGCUCCGGCUUCAUGUGUCCAUGUAUCUGCAGUGCUGGGCCGUCAUGUGCUGUAAUGUCCCUCAGGAGCGUGUCUUCAAAGCCUCCGGCUCCAACAACUUCUACAUGGCCAUGCUGCUGGUCAUCCUGUUCCUGUCCACACUGCCCGCCAUCUACACCAUCGUCUCCAUUCCUCCAUCCUUUGAUUGCGGACCAUUCAGUGGGAAAAGCCGCAUGUUCGAUGUGAUUCAGGAGACCCUGGAGACGGACUUCCCGGCCUGGUUCGGAAAAGUGUUCAGCUACGCCUCCAACCCUGGCCUGGUCCUGCCCUUUCUACUGCUCAUGGUUCUGGCGAUAUAUUACCUCCACUCCACAUCCAAAACUUACAAACACGCCAACCUGGAGCUGAAAAAGAAACUCCAGACUCAAAGCGAGGAGAAUAAGAAGAAGAACAAACUGGCAGCGCAGAAGGCAGCUGAAGAUCUGGAGCAAGCUAAAAACAUGGCUGCCACUGAGCAGCAGGAGAAACAGAGCAAUAACAAUGCUUCAGUGAAAGGUGAUACAAAGAGUGAAGAAUUAUUUAUACUGCUUUUAAGCAACACUUUGGCAUAACAAUUACAUAAUAAAUUUACACAAUAUUUUCCCUCCUUAUCCCCA